AUGACAAAGAUAGACGAAAAAGUAAUUCUUAGCCAAUCUGAUGAGGGCAUAAAAGAUCAAAAGAGAAGGAAAUUAAACAAGAGUGAAAAUAAAGAACGUACUCAUUUGCAAUGUGAGUAUUUCAUGCCUAAAAAGAAUAGAAGAUGUUGUAUGCAAAGAAAAGCAGACCAGAAAUAUUGUUCGGAACAUUUAGUUAAUAAUACUGAACCAGAGAAAGGCGAAAGAGUUCCCUGUCCAUUAGAUAACAAUCAUAGUGUUUGGAGCAAGAAUUUAGCAAAUCAUUUGAAGAAGUGUAAUGCUAAGCCGAAAGAAAACGAAGAGACAUGGUAUGAGAAAGAUCUCAAUACGAGACUCAGAGUGGAUACUAAAGGAGAUUCAGAAAUUAGGAAUGAAGAUAAUAGUGAUGGUGAUCUCAAUGAAAAGGAAUUGUACGAAAAGUAUAUACCUAUUUUAAAGAAUAUAAAGGACCAAUUCAAACCUUUGGAUUUUAGUAUCAGCAAACAUAAUGGUCUAAAGAAUAGAUUAUCCGAGGUAUCGAACCAGAAACAUGCAAUUCAGCAGUCAUCUUUAAUAGGAAAUAUGAAAAAGAGAGGAUUGUUGGAUAUAAAUAAAUUUUACUUAGAGUUUGGAUGUGGGAAAGGAGAAUUAUCAAGAUUUGUUAAUUUGAGUGUUCUCGAGGAUUUGCAGGUCAAUGAUUUAGUCGAUAAGGAAAAAUAUGGGUACGGCUUUAUUGACAGGGGCGUUAAUAGAAUGAAAAUGGACUCCAAGAUAAUAAAGGAAGCCAAAGAAAAUGAAAUAGAGGUGAAUCUAACAACCAAGAGAUCAAAGAUAGACAUCAAAGAUUUGAAUGUUGAUAAAUUUUUGGAAGAUAUAAAUCCAGAACGUAUAGUUGUUAUUUCAAAGCAUUUAUGUGGGGCAGCUACUGAUUUAACAUUCAAGCUGCUUCUUAAUUCAUCGUUAUUACAGGAGAAUAAUCACAAGUUUGGAGGACUUCUAAUUGCUAUGUGCUGUAGACAUGUCUGCGCAUACGAUCAAUUAUUGCCCAAAUCAAGAGAAUUUCUACAAGGAAAAGGAUUCGGAUCAUUGAAGUCUUUUAAUAUUUUGAAAAAAAUAGUUUCUUGGGCUGUUUGCGGUAAACGGGAUGGAGUUAAUGAAGAAACCUCGAAGGAGCACAUAAGUGGAUUAACAUAUAACGAACGAGAAGAAUUGGGAUUAGUUGCACGGAGAUUAAUUGAUGAAAGUAGAGUUUUUGCGAUGAAUAAUUUAGUUAAUCCAUUGGGGUUCCACUCGGAAAUGUUUUGGUACGUAGAAAAGGACAUUACUCUUGAAAAUGUCUGCUUUUGCAUUGUGCCUAAUUCGAAUUGCUGA